ACGGCCUGUCGGCGCCCCCUGGGGGUUGCUGAUACCUCUCGCUACCUCCUGUCGCGCUGGCAUGGAGCGGAGCUGUGCAGCGGCCGGCAGCGGGGCCGCCUCGGCCUCUGAGGACGAGAGUUGCGUGGGCCUGUGGGAUCUACCCGUGGAGUGCAGCGAGAGGCGACCGGAGUGCGGGCGCUGCAGCCGUCCUCAGAAGGUGUGUUUAUGUCCAUUCCUGCCAAUACAUCCACUCAAGGUCUCCACCUGCUUGUAUAUAAUUCAGCAUCCAGCGGAGGAAAGCCGAGUGCUGAGGACGGUGCCUUUGCUGGCAGCUUGUCUCCCUCCAGACAAGUGCAAAAUUCUGGUUGGUCGACGUUUUAGUGAAGACAGGUAUCCUGAAUUAGCAACUGUGUGCAGAAAUCCCAGUACACUCAUUUUGUAUCCCGGAGCUGAAGCAAUUAACUUGGAAGAAGUUGCUGUGAUGUCUUGUAGUCCAUCUUUUAUCAUCAUCAUCGAUGGAACAUGGAGUCAGGCUAAAGAUAUAUUUUACAAAAAUGCUCUCUUCCGGCUUCCCAAGCAGGUGCAGUUGAAAACCAACAAUUCAAGUCACUAUGUAAUUCGUACGCAGCCAACAAACAGUUGUCUGUCUACACUUGAAUGUGCAGCUGCUGCUCUGUCUAUCAUGGAGAAAAAUAAGAGUAUACAAGAGACUAUACUUCGUCCACUUCAAGCCUUAUGUUCUUUCCAGCUUCAGCAUGGUGCCCAGAUCCAUCACAGCAAGGAGCAUCUCCUCAAAAAUGGCUUAUAUGACAAGCCAAUGCCAAAAAAUAAGCGCAAACUGCGAAGAAUGGAGCUUUUGGUGAAUAAUGUUAAAAUAUAAGAAAACUGUACUGACGGUACAGUGGGAUUUAUUUGCAGGUAGCAAAUGAAUAUAAAUCUGGAUUUGAGCCAAAUGGUUGACUGUACUUCAAUAAAACAACUUUUAGACCCCUCAUAGGCAGCAGUUUAUCUAUCAAUGCAACAAAUGGUAAUGGAUAAGCUUUUUCA